GGGUGAAAACCUCGGAUUUGAGACCAAAGACCUCGGAUUUGGGGUGAAAACCUCGGAUUUGGAGUGGAAACCUCGAAUUUGGGGUGAAAACUUCAGAUUUGGGGUGAAAACCUCGGAUUUGAGACCAAAGACCUCAGAUUUGCGGUGCAAACCUCGGAUUUGGGGUGAAAACGUCGGAUUUGAGACCAAAGACAUUGGAUUUGCGGUGAAAACUUUGGAUUUGGGGUGAAAACCUCGAAUUUGAGGUGAAAAUCUCGGAUUUGGGGUGAAAACUUCAGAUUUGGGGUGGAAACCUCGGAUUUGGGGCCGGAGCUGCAGCAGGAGAUGGAAACCGCCCAGGUUGGACCAAAAACCUCCAGAUUUGAGCCCAAAUCUCAGCCGCCCCGGUGCCGUUCUCGGGGUGCCCAUGGAGUUUGUGACGCUGGGGGGGCCGGAGGGGCCCCCCCGUUCCCGGACGAGGCCGGAGCGUUCCUGGGGCUGCCCGAGGGGCUGGAGCCGGGGGGGCUGCUGGGACCCCUCCCCCCCGCGCCAGGCCGGCUGUCCCUGGUGCCCUGGGCCGCUGACGGGGGCUCUCUGGGGGGGUCCCUGGGGGGGUCCCUGGGGGGCUCUCUGGGGGGCCGCCCCGGAGCCCCCCCAGGCUGGGACCCCCCCCAGGGCCCCCCCGGCACCCCCAAACUGCGGUGA